AUGACGAGACACGCUAGAAAUUGCACAGCAGGCGCAGUUUACACUUACCACGAGAAGAAAAAGGACGCCAAGGCCUCCGGAUACGGUACCAACGCCCAAAGGCUCGGAAAGGAUUCGGUGAAAAAUUUCGAUUGUUGUUCCUUGUCUUUGCAGCCUUGCAGAAAACCAGUCAUCACUAAAGACGGCUAUCUAUUCGAUAAAGAAGUCAUUCUGGAAUACAUACUGAAGAAGAAAAGCGAGUAUGCUCGCAAAUUGAAAGAGUACGAAAAGCUUUCGAAACUGGAAGAAGAGAAACAAACGCAAAAACAUACUCAGGAAACCGAAGAAAAGAUUUCGGCUUUCCAUAACAAUGAAAACAACAUUGUCAGUAAAUCUUUGAUUGUAAGAAACGAAGAACAACCUGCACAAUCUUCUUCUAUAUCGAACAUGGCGUUGGGAAGAGAUAAAGAAUUACCUAGUUUUUGGAUCCCGUCGAAAACUCCCAGUGCUGAGAAACCCGAACUAAAAAAACCAGAUCCCAUCGUGUACUGCCCUAUAUCUAACAAACCCCUCAAAGCGAAAGAUUUAAUCGACGUGAAAUUCACUCCGGUGAAGAAUGACCCCGAAGAGAAAAAGAAAUCAAUUCACACAAGAGAGAAUAGGUACAUGUGCGCAGUCACUCACGAUAUUCUGAGCAAUUCCACCACCUGCGUAGUACUCAAACCGACUGGUGAUGUCGUUACGAUGGAAUGUGUCGAGAAGAUAAUCAAGAAAGAUUGGAUGCAUCCCCUUAGUGGUAAGAAAUUAUCGAGGAAGGAUUUAAUUAUCAUGCAAAGGGGAGGUACCGGUUACGCGUCGACAAAUGAGAAAUUGAACGCCAAACAGGAAAGACCGGCGUUACAGGCUUAA